UAAUAAUCACCACAAUCACACCAGUGUAUAGCUCACAUAGCCUAACAUUAUAUAUUCUAUCAUUAUUUAAUGAUAUUAAUCCAUGUUGUUUAUUCAGUUUGGCUUUUUGAUACUUUGAUAAAGUUAUUCAUUUAUUGCAGUGAGUCUGUUGAGGGUUCGGUAGAUUUUGGGUGUCUGGCAGGGCCAACAAAAGGCUGCAUGCCUUCAUAGGCUCCACCAACAGCUGUCCAAGUGAGGCAGCACAGCAGAGCGCAGGCUAGAGGAGGGGAAUGGGUCCGAGUCCGACAGCGGUGAGUUCAGUAGCUGAAGCCUCCAUCCGAUGCCGCCUCAUUGUGGGUAUCCUGAGAAUAAGACGAGUCUGUCGAACCACAAACGGAUUCAUUUAUCCUCCCUUUGUCGGGGAACAGUGAAGAAGAGAAGUGGAGGGUAGGAUGUCUUUGCAAGAGCUCGGCUCUUUUGGAGUCAUGUUCCCUGCGUUCUCUCUGCCCAUGAAAGCUGAGCGCAGUCGGAAUAAGGAGCGGCUGGAGGCCAGCCUGGCCGGCUUGUGUGAGCUGGAGCUGCUCAAACAGAGGCAGGAAUGCCGGGUGCUGAACGCUCUCUGCCUCGGAGACUCUCCGGUUCCCGGGCACCAGGCAUGGGGAGCUCUACGGGCUCGUUGUGCCCCGGACGCACCAAACGGCGACGCGUCGGAUGACUACGGCCUCAGGCUCCAAACUAGCAGUCUCCAGUGUACUCCCUGGGGUAUAAUGGCAUCUUUAGAGCAGCAGGUGGCACAGCUGAGGGUCACCACUGAGGUCAAAUCAGCAGAUUCUCCUGCCAAUCUGGACGACAGUCGACUCACUUCAGGAGAGGUCCUAGUAGCCAAGCGAGAUGGAUCCCCUGAAUCAAACUACAACACAGUGGUCCCUUGUUCUCCCUCAGUCCUUGAAGGGACAGUGGAGACAGAGACAGGAGAAACAUGGCUGUCAGAUCUGACAAGACGGUCCACGGUUACUGACACUUCUGGGGAGAUGAGGGAUGUUGACCUCAGUCAAGAUGAUCAUCAACAGUCCCAAAAGGUAGAGACUUAUAUAUUUGGAUUGAUCCAGCGCAGAGCCCUACCAUCACGCCCCUCAAAGCCCCGCACAAGCCUGGCACAUGAUGCCCGAGCUGUUAGUGUGGUGAGGCAGAGUAGCUUAUGCCGCAAAGAAGAGACACAUUCAACAAAGCAAGUGUCAGGUCAAGAAAUCCCUACUCUGUCCCAGUGCUCAGAGGGAACUGCUCCACAGGCUUGCCAUAACCUGGAUCAGGAGCGUUACACAGGGACAGGGUUUCCUGAAGAUCCCCCACCCCCCUACCACCACCACCUCCAGCAAAGUGUCCAGCAUCAACCAGGGCUGUACCACAAACCCAGGCAGGCCUCCAUGAUUAACAGCUCUCGUUCAACCUCACUAGACUAUCCAUCUAGCAGAGUUCUGCAAGCCCAACCAGACUCCAGCAGUAGUGAGCCUGAUUCACCCCAACAUUUUGCCAACUACCCUUCCCCUGCAGGUCUGUCAAAGCCUCACCAACCUUCACCUGAUGAGCAGCUGGUCAAUGCAGAGUAUAUACCAGCCCAGCCAUGCCGAGCCUCCACCAGAGCUUAUGCUCAUCACCAUUCCAAUCCCCACAAGGGCUCCGGGGCACCCAAGCCCAACCGAAGUACAUAUUCUCCAGAGAGAGGCCAUCAUCAUCAAGAGCAGCAACCUACUGCAUCUCAGAUCCAACCCUCCAGAUCUCGAGGGGGGGCCAAGAAAUGCCGCUCCAAUGAAGACAGAAAUGGUGCUAGUAAGAAGCAGGGUAGGAAGGCCUGUAGGUCUCAAUCAGAGAAUAGCUUGCAAAGGGUUCCAGAGCGCAAGUACAAUACAGUGGAGAGAGAUGGUGGAGGAAGUGGAAGUGGUGGAAGGGGAAGCCGCAGUAGUCAAUCCAGGAGCAAGAAACAACAGCAAGGAAGUGGAAGCUACCGGCGCUGGCAGUCCACCCUGGAGCUCAGCCAAGACGAGGCUGACCAGCCACCCACACAGGCACCCAUUCACAGCUCUUCAGCUUCAAACCAUAGGGACCAUUGUGCAAGGCGCACACGCAAAUCUCGGCCUACACACACAUCAUAUGCCUACCCGCACCACAACCUUAACCAUCACCACACCCACCAUCAUCAGCACAUGGAAUACCAGUUGGAGAGGGACCAAGUGCCAAUGUGUCAGACUAGUGAGGACUACCCUCACCCAGGUCAAGUAGAGUCUGAGACCAGCAUGAGCGAAGCUGACUCUCCAGAUUCCAGCUCUUUGUCCAGUGACUCAGAUGAAAGUGGAGGUCUGGUUUGGCCCCAGCAGCUACCCCCACAACUUUCCCUCCCAUCACCCCCUGCCCCACCUGGAGCACCGCUGCAGCCCAAGGCAUUUGUCAAGAUCAAGGCAUCACAUGCCCUUAAGAAGAAGAUCCUGCGCUUUCGCACAGGUUCACUGAAAGUGAUGACCACUGUAUAAAGUGGAAUAUUGGUCAAACUGAACCCAACAGAAUUGGAUAGCAUCAGUUGGUGGCCACAAUGAAACCUUUUUGUUUCGGCUUUCUUUGGAGGAAUAUCAGCUGCAUUGAACUAUGGACCUCAAAAUACAGUGAAUACAAAUUAAUGUGUACAUAAAAGUACUAUAAUCUUGACUGACUGAACUGACUGGAUGGUUUUAACCAGCUUUAACAAGCAAUGAAGGAAGCAGCUGUCACCAAACCAGCAUUUUGAAUUCAAAAAUGAGAUGAAAAAUUGUACCAAAAGUGUUCUCUUGUACUUAAAGUUUUACAUGGAUUACUCAUGUUUUGUCUAAGGGUACUGUAAAUUGGCCACAUUGGCCCUUAAAUACCCACACAUGCACACAUCCACUGAUAGAGUAUACCAUAGUUCAUGCUGAAAUUGCCUUUCAAGUCACACACAUUACCAAUUCAGUAUUCAAGUGAAUGGGAAGGUGUGUCCAAACUCUGACCGGUACUGUGGCUCUUUUCCACUACCGGAACUUAAUGACAAGUAACCUUGAUUCACUUUAACAUAACCUGACUUGUGAGAAUACCUACAGUCUAGGUUCUUGGUUCGUUCUUGUUUUCUGCUAUGUUUUACAAACCUGAAUAUUUUAUGUCAAAAGGUACCAGUGUCACACAUGGUUAUAAUUGCUUUUUGGUAGACAAGUGUGGCAAGUGCUGUUCUAUUGUGGGACAGAUAAAUAUAGUGGUGCUAAUGUAUUUACAUUUACAUAUUAUGACUUAAAUGUCAGUAUCAUUAAUUUAAUCGACUAGCCCCACUUUAAGUAGGGGGUCAACAGUACUGCAACCAAACCAGCUCCCACAUGCUGACUAGCUCUCCAGUGCUAGUGUAGCUCUGGGACACACCUGGUCCCUUAAGGAAACUGGCAGAUGCUGGUCUUGCUCUGUCUGUGGUCCAUACCAUCAAAAACCCUUCUGCUCCUCUAUUCUCUCCUGAUUCAAAAGACAGGGAGGUGAUGCUAGAAAUCUGGUGAAGAAAAUUCAAGAAAAUAUAGGGAUGUAGCUCAGUGUAAACAAUGAAUGUCACAUGAUUUUAAAAUUACCAAAACUACCUGAAUUAUGGGGAAAUGUAGUUAAACUAUUGACAUGCUCCCCAAUACUGUGCACUAAAUCUAUUCUUUACAUAAACAUUUGUAUGAAAAGGCAUCAAAACACGUUGGGUAUUCUGAAUCAGAGUAUAUUGAAACAGGCUUCCUUGCAGUGGUAACUAUUGUUAAUUGCUGUGUUUGUAACAAACCAGCUGUUGCAUUCCUUCCCCUGGAAGUACCUGGAGCUUGGAUAGACCACCUCCUCCUUAGGAGAUCCAAAAUGUAGGCUCAGGAACUCACCCCCAAAGUGGGGGAGUACAGCGGAAACAAACUGAAAAUAACUACCAUAAGCUGUAGGUCAUUACAGUCCUGUAGUGGAAAAGUCCUAACAAUGAGCUCCAAGUCAUCCAGUU